CAGCUCUUCUCACGCCGGGCAGUUUGCUGCAUCUGGAGGAGCUCGCUGGAGAAUCUCCAACAUCUGAGCCGGCCGUCAACUACCAUCUCGUCACCUGCUGAGGGGCAAACCCCUUCAAGCCUUGAGGCGCACAUUGAGCACCAGAGGGCCCAUGACCUUGGACAGGCCAGGGGAGGGGACCAUCAUGCUGUGGACAUUCACUCUCUUGCUUUUUUGCAUUCGGCUGAGUCUGGGUACGACAUCAGUAGUGAUGCAAUCUCAACCGGAGCUGUGGAUAGAGACCAACUACCCCCAGGCACCUUGGGAGAACAUCACUCUUUGGUGUAAAAGCCCUUCUCAGAUUUCAAGCAAGUUCCUGCUGCUGAAGGAUAAGACACAGAUGACCUGUAUCCGACCUUCCUACAAGACCUUCCAAGUUUCAUUCUCCAUAGGUGCCCUUACUAAGUCCAACACAGGUCUUUACAGGUGCUGCUACUGGAAGGAGACAGGCUGGUCAGAGCCCAGUAAAAUUUUAGAGUUGGAGGCACCAGGCCAGCUGCCCAAGCCCAUCUUCUGGAUCCAGUCUGAGAACUCUCCUCUUCCUGGAUGUAAUGUUAACAUACACUGCCAUGGCUGGCUGCAGGAUUUGGUAUUCAUGCUGUUCAAAGAGGGAUAUGCAGAGCCUGUGGAUUACCAAGUCCCAACUGGGACAGUGGCCAUCUUCUCCAUUGCCAACAUGACACCUGAGAGUGAAGGGGUUUACAUCUGCCGCACUCAUAUCCUGAUGCUCCCCACCUUGUGGUCAGAGCCCAGCAACCCCCUGAAGCUGAUUGUGGCAGAUAAGCCCCCCAAACUCUUCCUGUCAGCCUGGGCCAGCACCAUGUUCAAGCUAGGAAAGGCUAUCACCCUGCAGUGUCGAGUACCUCAUCUGGUACUUGAAUUUUCUCUGGAAUUGGAAGAAAGAGCAACAUUCCAAAAAUUCUCAUUGGAUGGAGACUUCAUCAUCAGUAAUGUUGAAGGGAAAAGCACAGGGAACUACAGUUGCAGCUACCACAUAGAGGUACACCCUAACAUCUGUUCACAUCACAGCAAGCCUCUGAAGCUGAUGGGGCCAGCAGGUCCCUGCUUCUGGUCUCUGGCCACAGGCUUGCUCACCUGGAACUACGUUCUGAAUGAAGCUAUCGGCUUGUCCCUAAUUGUGCAGCUUGUUGCCUUGCUGUUGGUAGUGCUGUGGAUAAGGUGGAAGUAUCAGAGAUUCAGAAUCAGAGAAGCCUGGUUGCUGGGUACAGCUCAAGGGGUCACCAUGCUCUUCAUAAUCAUGGCCCUUCUCCGCUGUGGACUGUGCAAUGGGGUAUUGACAGAAGAGACUGAAAUAAUCAUGCCAACCCCGAAGCCUGAGCUGUGGGCAGAAACCAACUUCCCUCUGGCCCCGUGGAAGAACUUAACCCUGUGGUGCAGAAGCCCUUCUGGCUCAACUAAGGAGUUUGUGUUGCUCAAGGACGGGACUGGGUGGAUCGCAACUCGCCCGGCCUCAGAACAGGUCCGGGCUGCCUUCCCCCUUGGUGCCCUGACCCAAAGCCACACCGGGAGUUACCACUGCCAUUCAUGGGAGGAGAUGGCUGUGUCGGAGCCCAGCGAGGCACUUGAGCUGGUGGGGACAGACAUCCUUCCCAAACCUGUCAUUUCUGCUUCCCCCCCAAUCCGGGGCCGGGAACUGCAAAUCCGUUGCAAAGGAUGGCUGGCAGGCAUGGGGUUUGCUCUGUAUAAGGAAGGACUGCAGGAACCUGUCCAGCAACUUGGUGCUGUUGGGAGAGAAGCCUUCUUUACAAUCCAAAGAAUGGAGGAUAAAGACGAAGGCAAUUAUAGCUGCCGAACUCACACUGAGAAGCACCCCUUCAAGUGGUCUGAGCCCAGUGAGCCCCUGGAGCUUGUCAUAAAAGAAAUGUACCCGAAGCCCUACUUCAAGACAUGGGCCAGCCCGAUGGUCACUCCUGGUGUCCGAGUGACUUUCAAUUGCUCCACCCCCCACGAGCACAUGAGCUUUAUUCUUUACAAAGAUGGAAGUGAAAUAGCGUCCAGUGACAGGUCUUGGGCAAGUCCAGGGGCGAGUGCAGCUCACUUUCUGAUCAUUUCUGUGGGCUUUGGUGAUGGAGGGAAUUACAGCUGCCGCUAUUAUGACUUUGCAAUCUGGUCUGAGCCCAGCGACUCUGUGGAGCUUGUGGUGACAGAAUUCUACCCCAAACCAACUCUCCUGGCACAGCCAGGUCCUGUGGUGCUUCCUGGGAAGAAUGUGACCCUUCAAUGCCAAGGGGCUUUCCAGGGCAUGAGGUUCGCCCUCUUGCAUGAGGGAACCCCUGUGCCUUUACAGUUCCAGAGCACCUCAGGGAACUCAGCUGACUUCCUCCUCCACACCAUUGGAGCAGAAGACUCUGGAAACUACAGCUGUGUCUACUAUGAGACAACUAUGUCAAACAGGGGAUCAUACCUCAGCAAGCCUAUAAUGAUCUGGGUGACUGACGUAUUUCCCAAGCCAAGGUUGUUUGCCGAGCCCAGUUCUGUGGUUCCCAUGGGGCAGAAUGUUACUCUCUGGUGCCAAGGGCCAGUCCAUGGAGUAGGGUACAUUCUGCACAAAGAAAGAGAAACCACUUCAAUGCAGCUCUGGGGAUCCACCAGUGGCGACGGGGCAUUCCCCAUCACCAAUGUGUCUGGUGCUAGAAUAGGGCGUUACACCUGCUGCUACCACCCUGACUGGACCAGCCCUAUUAAGAUACAGCCUAGCAACGCCCUGGAACUCAUAGUCACAGGUUUGCUCCCCAAACCCCACCUGUUAGCCCAGCCUGGUCCCAUGGUGGCCCCUGGAGGAAAUAUGACUCUUCAAUGUCAAGGGGAACUGCCAGACUCAACAUUUGUCUUGUUGAAGGAGGGUUCUCAAGAGCCCUUAGAGCAACAGAGGCCAAGUGGCUACAGGGCUGACUUUUGGAUGCCAGCAGUGAGAGGUGAAGAUUCUGGGACCUAUAGCUGUAUUUAUUAUUUGGACUCUGCUCCCUUUGCAGCUUCCAAUCACAGUGACUCCCUGGAGAUCUGGGUGACUGAUAAGCCCCCUAAGCCCUCCCUGUCAGCCUGGCCCAGCACUGUGUUCAAGCUAGGUAAGGACAUCACCCUUCGGUGCCGGGGACCCCUGCCAGGUGUUGAAUUUAUCCUGGAGCAUGACAGAAAAGAAGUGCCUCAGCAGUUCUCAGAUGAUGGAGACUUUGUCAUCAACAAUGUAGAAGGAAAAGGCAUUGGAAACUACAGCUGCAGAUACCGCCUCCAGGCCUACCCUGAUAUCUGGUCAGAGCCUAGUGAUCACCUGGAGCUGGUGGGUGCAGCAGGGCCUGCUGCUCAGGAGUGCACUGUGGGGAACAUUGUCCGAAGUAGCCUGAUUGUAGUGGUCGUUGUAGCUUUGGGGAUAGUGCUAGCCAUAGAGUGGAGGAAGUGGCCUCGACUUAGAACCAGGGACUCGGAGACAGAUGGAAGGGACCAGACCAUAGCCCUUGAAGAGUGUAACCAAGAAGAAGAACCAGACACUAAUAGCAACUCUCCUUCAUCAAUCUCCCAGGCGACUUCAGUGGAACUUCCAGUCCCAAUAUAGUAAUCUUUACAAGAGCUUUCCUCUCCUUUCUUUUAUCCUCAGAACCUGCAAAUCCAACUGGUUACCCUGGGAUUCUGCCCCAUUAACUGUUCCUUAGCCACUAAUCACCUGAGCUGGGUCAAGGGGAUUCUGGAAGUUGAGAGCUCUACUCUCAAUUGUAGAUAUGGGUGAGAUGUUUCUUGAAGAGCGAUUCCCUGCCUCUGUAACUAUUCACUGUACUGACUUACUGGUGCAUGAAAUUCUAUUAAAAUGUAUUCUUCUGAAUAAAGAAUAGUAUUCACUAUUUAACU